UUCUUUUUCCUUUUUUACCUUCUUUGAUGACUAUUGUCUUCUUCUUCUUUUGUGUUUCUUUGAUGAGUUAGUUGCUAAGAGCGUGAAUUGAUUUUUUGUUUUGGUUUUAUUUGCUUCCUUCGAUGGCGAAUGUUGAAGAUGAUCAAUUGUACAUGGAGCUAUGGAAAGCUUGUGCAGGGCCACUUGUGGAAGUGCCUCGAUGUGAUGAAAGAGUUUUCUACUUCCCUCAAGGUCACAUGGAACAGUUGGUGGCUUCAACUAAUCAAAGAGUCGUUGAUAAAGACAUACCAAUAUUUAAUCUUCCUCCAAAGAUACUUUGUAGAGUUCUAAACGUCAUGUUAAAAGCUGAGCAUGAAACAGAUGAGGUUUACGCUCAGAUCACAUUACAACCUGAGGAAGAUCAGCAAAGUGAACCAACAAGUCUUGAUUCACCUAAAACAGAAUCUGCUAAACAAACUGUUGACUCCUUUGUUAAGAUUCUAACAGCUUCUGAUACAAGCACUCAUGGUGGCUUCUCUGUUCUUCGUAAACACGCCACUGAGUGUCUUCCUUCACUUGAUAUGACACAAACUACACCAACUCAAGAACUGGUAGCUAGAGAUCUCCAUGGAUAUGAAUGGAGGGGUAAAACUGGUGAUCUACGAGUUGGAGUGAGACGUUUAGCUAAGCAACAAAGCACAAUGCCUGCAUCGGUUAUCUCGAGUCAGAGUAUGCAUUUGGGGGUUCUUGCUACAGCUUCUCAUGCUUUUAAUACAACAUCUAUGUUUGUUGUCUUGUACAAGCCGAGGAUAAGCCAAUUCAUUAUAGGUGUGAAUAAGUAUAUGGAUGCUUUGAAGAAAGGAUUUGGUAUUGGGAUGAGGUUUAGGAUGAGGUUUGAAGGAGAAGAGUCACCUGAGAGAAUAUUUACUGGUACUGUUGUUGGUAGUGGAGAUCUAUCUCCUCAGUGGCCAGCUUCAAAGUGGAGGUCAUUGCAGGUUCAAUGGGAUGAGCCAUCUACAGUUCAGAGACCAAACAAGGUCUCACCAUGGGAGAUUGAGCCUUUCUUACCAUCCACGCUAACUUCAUCGCCUACUCCACCACAUUCAAAGUCCAAACGGUCUAGACCCAUUGACUCAUCAGCUUCAGAAAUCACUGGGAGUCCUGUGGCUUCUAAUUUCUUGAGCAGCUACCCUAAGAGCCACCACGAGCCUAGUCCUUCACUCAAAUUGUUGUUUCAAGAUCCAUCAAGUGAAAGAAACUCGAACAAAACCGAGGUUCCAGCCACAAGUAGCUGUAGGUUAUUCGGAUUUGAUCUCAAGAGCAAGCCUCCAAACCCUAAUGACAAGCAAGUAAUAAGCGUUGAUUCAAAUAACUCUGGUUCUACCAAAUGUCAAGAUCCUAACUCGUUGAACUCGCAAAGCAACAAACAUCGUCAACAAGAAGCCGAACCAAGUGAGUUAGAGAAAAUGUUUGAGAUUGAAGGAGAGCUUAGGACUAAAGACAAAUGGGCUAUUGUGUUUACUGAUGAUGAAGGUGAUAUGAUGCUUGUUGGAGACGAUCCAUGGAAUGAGUUCUGUAAAAUGGCGAAGAAGUUGUUGAUAUAUUCAAGUGAUGAGGUCAAGAAAAAUGAGCUCAAAGUCAUUGUUGGAUGA